UUUUCGUAAUACAGCCAGUACUGAUCGGAACUGGAUGAGGGAGGCCGUAGUCGAUCUUUCUGGAGGAAAUGAGCGGUGUUUGGGCCCUGCAGUUUCUUUUUGCUAUGGAAAAUGUUGAUUGGAGUUAGGCACUGAGAAUGGCAGCCGGACCUAGGGGUCCUAACCUUUGAAGUGGAGUAAGGUCCCCUUUUCAGCUGGGUAGAGGAUUCAGGCGACGUGUCCUGUGCUGUAAGCGUUGGGAGCGAAGGGCGUGAAGAACCGAUUAACGCAACAGCUGGCAUGCCGGGCCCAAAUCCCAGCGCUACCAAUGUGGGCGCCUCCGGUCGCUCUCCCAGCAAAGCGGUAGCCCCGCGAGCUGCAGGAUCUACCGUACGACAGAGGAAAAGUGCUAGCUGUGGAACAAGAAGUGCUGGACGUACAGCUUCUGCAGGCACUGGUGGCAUGUGGCGAUUCUAUACAGAGGAUUCCCCUGGGCUUAAAGUUGGCCCUGUUCCAGUUCUUGUUAUGAGUCUCCUCUUUAUUGCAUCUGUAUUUAUGUUGCACAUCUGGGGCAAAUACACUCGCUCAUAGACUUAGUGCUAUCCCACCUGCUAACUUGAAAACUACAGGAUUCUGGACCAAAAGAAUGGCGGUUGGGUUUUUUUUUUUUUUUUUUUUUUGAAGAACAUGUAUUUAGGACAUCCUAGACAGAACAAGAUAAGAUUCUCUCCCUUUAUUUGAUUCUGGUGUUGAAUGGACUCUUAAACUUUCUGUUAAAUAGGGUUUUUGAUUCCUUUCAGACAGAGACAUCUGUACAUCUUAUUAAAAUUUUUAUGCAUAAAUGAAA